AUGUCAGUGCUCCAGUUUGUGUUUCUGCUGAUCCUGGUCAAUAGCGGUGGAUCGGAGGAGAUCGAAAUGGAUAUGGAUGGAGAGGAUCAGCAUUUCAGACCAGAGCCCAUCGAUGGGCGAUCUUUCUACUUUCUGGGAACUUUGUUCCGCCGCUGGCGCAAUCGCUGGAUGGCCUAUCACAAUCCGGAUCCGAUGUUUGCUGGCCCCGCCUAUCCCAUAACUGGCUAUUACAAUUGUCCCGUCUACGGCUGCAAUCCGGCGGCCAUUGGUCCGCAGCCUGGUUUCUAUGCCACUCCAGCGGGAUUCUACACUAUGCCUCUGAAUCAGCAGCAGGCUCAGGGAAACAGCAACGUCUAUAUCUACCAGAGUGAUCAGAACUCAGCUUCAGCUGGAGGUCCCCUGGGUUAUGGAUACAUCGGUGGUGUGUCGCCACUUGGAGCAGCCACGCCCCUGCCUCUUCCGCCUCCCGGAAUGACGCCACCUUCCACAAUAAACACGGUAACGGCCAGUGCUAGCGGAUUUCCUGGACCAGGAGCAGGAUCUGGUCAACGGCCAGGACCAUUUCCAAUACCCUUGCCUCAGCUGGGAUGA